AUGCAUUCACCGACUUCCAGUCAUACUGGAUCAACGGCAUCCGCACCACCGGUGGGCCACAGCGGCCUUUCGCGGGUGUUCCAAAUCACCAAGGGCCCGAUGGAGCGUCACUACAAGAUCAAUUCACUGAACGAUCAACCUCUAUUCUAUGGCGAUAUCUCAUUGUUCACUCCCAACAAACCCGACCUGACGCUUCAUGUGGGCAGUAGCACCCAGGGCCCAGUCGUGGCAGUCUCCAACUUUCUCAAGUUGUCGGGGAACUACAAGAUUGGGGUUGGAAAUCCGGAUGACAUGAGCAACGUCCAAUGGGAGGAUAUGACCACAGAGCUCCUCCACAAGCCAAAAUAUCGGCUGGAGACAACGGUUCCUUGCGGCUCGGAUCAAUCCCACAGUGAACGGCGGUCACUGGUAUGGAAGCGCACCCGCAGUGUGGGGGUGGACGGCGAAACACCAUCCAGACUGACCGUUCGAAACUAUAAGCUAGUGGAUGAACGCAGCGAGCAGGUCCUGGCCGUCUUCUCUGGGGGAAGGAGACCAGGCAGAGGAGGAAAAAUCGAGAUCAGAGUGGAAUACGGGCAAGACUUUGAUCAUUUGGUUUUGAUAUCCUGUUUGAGUCUGUAUGAGAAAGCGAGGCGGCGCAGUCAUAGGGGGGCUGCCGGCGGAGGUGGAGGCAGUUGA